CAGGAAGCGGAAUCAGUUAACUUGACUGUUCUCUGUUGUUUUGACUUUUGGAGAGGAGAGGAGAAUUCGGUUUCACGUUUGGAUUUAAGUAAAAUCACCUAGUAUUUUUGUGUAUUGACGACACGUUUAACAAUUCUAAGACUUCAGUGUCUUGUUCCAAACCAGUCAAUGGGAAGGAUCUGAAAAUGUUCAGCUUUGAAGGAGAGUUCAAGACAAGACCCAAGGUGUCACUUGGAGGAGCAAGUAAAAAGGAGGAGAAAGCUUCUCUUCUGCACCGCACACAAGAAGAAAGACGAAAAAGAGAGGAUGAAAGGAAACGUCUCAAGAAUGCCAUCAUUAUCCAGUCGUACGUUCGGGGUUACCAAGACUUGAAACGACAGUACUCCUUGCAAAGGGCAAAGUUUGAUGAGGGGGUCAGCCAAGCCAGUCAACACGUUUUGGAUGGUCCAGCCCUUAGUCUCUUAUCAAGGCAACUUAUAUUUUUCUACAGACAGAGUGUGGAUACAUAUCGAUUGAUAUGGCUAUGUCAGAACAUGGUGAAAUACAAUAGCCAGUUUGUGAAGCUCCUGGUUGGGCCACAGAGACAGACAUGCAUGUUUCAAAUCCGAAGGAUCUUGGGAUUUUGCUGCAGGCUUCUGCAGAACUGCAAUGAUGACAGCUUCAAUAUUGCAGUUCCUUUGCGGAUGGUAGAAAUAUUUUCUUCGGAGAAGACGUAUCUUCCUUUUAUUUCAGAUACAAACAAUGUAGCGUCACUACUUGAGCAGAUUUUGCACUACGUGGUACAGAAAGGUUACUACAGGUCGUUGUAUGUUAUGGUGAAUCACAGACUCCCUUCGAGUUUGGAGUACACAGAUGCACCCUCUAUUCCUAUGGCCAACACUUUGUUGGAGAACAUCCUCAAACCUUUGCACUUUACCUACUCCUCCUGCACAAAAGGCGCAAGGCAGUUUGUAUUCGCAGCUUUCACUGAGGAGUUCAUCUCGGCGCCGUUCACAGAUCAGAUCUUUCAUUUUUUUAUUCCGGCGCUGUCGGACCCACAUCUUUCAUUCCCAUUUGAGGCCUUCCUGAGCUCCCUCCAAACCACCAUUGGCGCCUCUUCAGUUGCACAAAGUCAGGCACCAUGGCUCUUUUACUUUGUCCUCUCUGUUGGAGAGAACUGUCUAGGCUCACUGUCAGAGGAAGGUCUGCUGUUGUACCUGCAUGCUUUGCAAUCAUUGUUACCAAUGCUGCCAGUGUCUGAGAGCAGCAGUAGAACUGAGGUGGGCAGCGACUCAGAAGAUGAAGAUGACAUCACUGAUAUUCAGCCACCAAACAUGCAGGAAGACCGACGUAUUUCUGUACAGCUUGUGACAGAAGAAUGUGUCCGAAAACUGGACACCAAACAGCAAACCAACACUCUUCUUCACUUGGUUUGGAGGGAUUCGGCCAGUGAAGAAGUGUUCACCAUGAUGGCGUCUAUUUGCCACACACUCAUGGUUCAGCAUCGUCUCAUGGUGCCAAAGGUCAGGCUUCUUUAUAGUUUAGCUUUCAACGCUCGCUUUCUGAAGCACCUAUGGUACUUGAUAACAUCUAUGACAACAAAAAUGAUCACAGGGUCCAUGGUACCGCUGCUGCAGCUGAUCUCUAGAGGCUCUCCUAUGUCAUUUGAAGACUCCAACCGCAUCAUUCCACUCUUCUAUCUCUUCAGCUCGCUCUUCAGCCACUCGCUUAUCUCAGUGCAUGACAGCGAGUUUUUUGGUAGUGAAAUUGAUGGUCAGACACAGUCCUCCAUGAUGCCCUUCACACUGUCCGAGCUGGUGACACUGUCUCGCUGUCUGCGAGACGCGUGCCUCGGAAUUAUCAAGCUGGCAUAUCCCGAAACAAAAGCAGAACAUCGAGAGGAGUACAUGGCUGCCUUUCGCAGUGUUGGCGUGAAAACCAACAAUGAAGUACAGCAGCGUAUUCAAGCUGAGCAGAAACGCUGGGUACAGUUGUUCAAGGUGAUCACUAACUUGGUGAAGAUGGUGAAGGCUCGGGACAUAAGACGGCCCUUCUGUCCCACAGGUCACUGGCUCUCGGGGGAGGUCAACAUCCGAGCUGAUAAGGUCACUCAGUUGUAUGUUCCUUCUGCAAGACACGUAUGGCGAUCGCGAAGGAUGGGCCGGAUUGGACCUCUGCAGUCGACUCUUGAUGUUGGUCUUGAGCCACCUCAGCUGUCGGUGUCAGAAGAGAGGCAUCUCGCCAUCCUCACGGAGCUUCCUUUUGUAGUUCCUUUCGAAGAGCGAGUCAAGAUCUUCCAGAGGUUAAUCUACGCUGACAAACGUGACGUGCAGGGAGAUGGGCCAUUCCCUAAUGGCAUCAAUGUCACUAUCAGACGCAACUACAUCUAUGAAGACGCCUAUGAUAAGCUGUCCCCUGAAAACGAACCUGACCUAAAGAAACGAAUAAGAGUACAUCUGCUGAACGCUCAUGGUCUAGAUGAAGCAGGAAUUGAUGGAGGCGGGAUUUUCCGCGAGUUCCUCAACGAGCUUCUCAAGUCAGGCUUCAACCCUAACCAGGGCUUCUUUAAGACCACCAACGAGGGCCUACUGUACCCCAGCCCUGCUGCAGAGAUGCUGGUUGGAGACUCCUUCACGAGACACUACUACUUUCUGGGUCGAAUUCUCGGAAAAGCGCUGUAUGAGAACAUGCUGGUGGAGUUGCCCUUCGCCAGCUUCUUCUUGUCCAAACUGUUGGGUACAAGUGCAGAUGUAGACAUUCACCAUCUUGCCUCGUUGGACCCCGAGAUGUACCGUAAUCUCCUCUUCCUCAAGAGCUAUGAGGGAGACGUAGAGGAACUGGGCCUCAACUUCACUGUGGUCAAUAAUGACCUGGGAGAAGCACAGGUGGUCGAACUGAAGGUGGGAGGAAAGGACAUUCCUGUCACGACAGCCAACCGGAUUGCCUACAUCCAUCUUGUGGCUGACUACAGAUUGAACAAGCAGAUUCGACCUCACUGCCUGGCCUUCAGACAAGGCCUGGCGAAUGUGGUGAACCUGGAGUGGCUGCGCAUGUUCGACCAGCAGGAGAUCCAGGUGCUGAUAUCUGGAGCUCAUGUGCCAAUUUGUCUGGAUGACUUAAAAAAGUUCACCAACUACUCAGGUGGCUACACAGCAACUCACCCAGUCAUCCAGACCUUUUGGGAAGUCGUCGAAGGAUUCACAGAUGAGGAAAAACGAAAGCUGCUGAAAUUCGUCACUAGCUGCUCCAGACCUCCACUUCUCGGCUUUAAGGAGCUCUACCCAGCAUUCUGCAUCCACAACGGCGGUUCGGAUCUGGACCGACUACCUACAGCCAGCACCUGCAUGAACCUGCUGAAGCUGCCAGAAUUCUGCGAUGAGAACCAGAUGAGGAACAAACUCCUGUAUGCCAUCGAGUCUGCUGCUGGGUUCGAACUCAGCUGAGGAGGGUGACGGCGUCUCCUCCCACAUCUUCGGACAUGGUGGGGGAAACUAGGAAGACGACAAGGGCAAAUAAAGCACUGAUUUAGUGUGUUCGUGUGUGCGCGCGCCAUGCUGAGUAAUGGAGUGAGAAGCCUUUUUUUUAAUGAUUUUAAGUGAGUAUUUAAAUGUGGAAUCCUUUUUCAGAUAAAUAAUUAUGUAUGCUGAAAUUGAGACCUAAUUGUUUGUCAUCGCACAUACUUGGGCAGUUGUUUUCACCAAAGACUCAGUGGCAACAUUCUACGGUGAUGAAAUAUGAAUGACCGACUGACGGGAUGAAAGGCACAGUAAUGUAUUUCUAAGGUGACUCUGAAAAUCGUAUUUUAAUAAUCUCAAUCACUAAUACAAAAGUGCGCAAAUGCCAUCCUUUGUGUUGAUAUGUUGUUUUGUUGCUAGAUGAGUUGGAAGUAUUAGAUGUGUGAAUAUGUACAUGUUUACAACUUUGUACAGGUUUCUUUCUUCUUCUUCCUGUUUGAGGUUUAAUGCCUAGUUUGCUCCAGGAGGCUACAUGCUGGUGGUAUUAAAUGAAGCGUUUAGAAACAGGGUGGAGAAGGAACCUAUGGCAACAAUAAACACACUUUUCUUUUUGCAUUUUUUUCCAUUUGUAAUUUACAGUAAUGACUGAGACAUAAAAUGGUGCUUUGUGGGAAGAUCUCCUCCUAAGUUUUAUGGCCUCUGACAUAUAAUUAA